UCCGCUGCGUCGUCACACAUGAUCGGUACCAUCUUGCUUCGGCGGAACGACCAUAACUCGAUCGAACCCACCACGUCCAUGGCCGUGAUCUUUUUCUCUUCUAGUAACCCCACCACUCUUUGAAAAUUCCGCCUAAAAAGAAAAAGCGUUCUGUCCCCUCCUUUGGGUUUUCAGCCAGCGUGUACAACAACUAUCCAGAGGAUCUAGGGGCAUCUCUCUACCGAGAGCCAUUUGACUUCAACGCCGAGCCCCCUUGGGAUCCUAGCUGAUGGUGGACGGGUUCCUCCCAGGACUCAUCCAUUUUGUUGCAUAGGUUAAGGACCCCAAGGGCUCGAUUAGGUGCUGAGCAAGACCACUUCGGGCGAGCCACGUUCUUUAUGCCUGUCGGAUUAGAAGAAAACGGUUGAGAGGAUGAAAGGAAUCGCUGAUGAGCCGCAGUAUUCUGUCGGUCUGCUGGAGGCGGGCACAGCCCUCUGUGACGUGAUCAACCAACACAUUGAUGAGCAAACUCUGUCUGAGAAGAAUGCGUUCUUUGUAGCAGACCUGGGAGUUGUAAUGAGGCAGCAUGUUCGCUGGCGAACCCACAUGCCUCAAAUUCGACCGUACUACCCCGUCAGAUGCAACAGCAGUCCAGCUGUGAUUGAAGUUCUUGCGGUCCUCGGCGCUGGGUUCAUUUGUACCAACAAGUCUGAACUUGAGCUGGUCCAGAGCCACGGUGUUCCCUCUGAAGACAUAAUCUACAGCGGGAUUUGCAAGCAAGUCUCCCAAAUUAAAUAUGCCGCAAAAAAUGGCAUUGACCUCCUGGUGUGUGACAAUGAAGCUGAGCUACGCAAGAUCUCUCGCUGCCACCCCAAUGCCAAGCUGCUGCUCCAGGUUUCAACGGAAGCAUCAAUUCAGGGCGAUGAGAUGAGCAUGGCCUUUGGCUGCUCCCUCAAGGACUGCAGGCAUCUGCUGGAGAAGGCCAAGGAGUUGGGCGUGCAGGUGGUCGGGGUCAGGUGCCACAUUUCCAGCGCCUGUGAGGAUGACCAGGUGUACGUUCAUGCUAUAUCUGAUGCCCGUUGCGUCUUUGAUAUGGGAGAGGAUAUUGGCUUCGACAUGACCAUCCUGGACAUUGGAGGGGGCUUCAGUGGAUCUGAGAACCAGCUGGAAGUGAUCAAUAAAGCGGUCAUGUCUAUGGCAGACUUAUACUUCCCUCCUUCUACUGGGGUUUCCAUCAUCGGCGAGCCCGGCAGCUUCUUUGUGUCCUCUGCUUUCACUCUGGUGGUGAACGUCAUCUCCAAGGAGGUGGUGGCACGGGAUCGCCAGGACCAAGCACGUGACGAUCCAUCUCCCAACGACGAGCCAGAGUUCCAGUACCACCUGAGCGAGGGAGUGUACGGGCCAUUUGCCAGCAAACUCUCUGAAACACUGAUUGCUACUCCGUCUGUCUAUAAGCCCCCCCAGGAUGCUCCUCUGUUCAGCUGCAGCCUGUGGGGUCCGUCCGGGGACGACCUGGACCAGGUGGUGGAGCACUGCCUGUUGCCUGAGCUCAACGCCGGAGACUGGCUCUUGUUCACCCACGCGGGGGCCUACAGUACGGGCCAUCCACUGUGCACGGCCACCGACUCCCCCCCACCCCCUGAGUAUUACAUCAUCUCCUCCACAGACUGGUUUGAGAUGCAGGACAUCGGUGUCGCCCACGAGGCUACGCUGAAGAACUUCUCUUUGGUCCCUUAUUUCCUUGCUUACUGCCAAACAGCGGCUGGUCGGUCUGUCCCUGCCUAGCGAUCAGCGGACGCACAGGACGGCUUGCUUACGCCGCUUACUCCGAAGUUAUUUGACAAACCCCAACCUAGCGUAAAGUAAGUGAUUAGUCCGGCGAAACCUAAGUAGACGUUAAUUAGUAUGCAACAAAACGGAUGACUCCGAAGAAAAAAUAUAUAUAUAUAAUUUCCCCUUUGCUUUGGGUGUCCCACAGCGCCACAGUUUACACUCGUACAGUAGGCUUGUAAUUAUUUUAAAUGAUUAUGUAUGACAAAUAGUGUUAUGUCUUAAUUGCUUUUGCCUGAUUUGUAAAGUAAGAUGCGUAUCCCAAAGUGAAACAGCGUAUUUAAACGGUAAUACAUAGUUUUCCUACAAGACUUCUAUUUAUGGUUUUGAUUGGUUGUAUAGUUUAUUCAGUGUGACAAAAGCUUGAUUGAAUGUUGUCCUAUCAGUGCUUUGGGGUUAUACAUGAAGGUGAAUAAGUCCACUGCUGGAAACGGGGUCGAGGAUCUAGUGUUUGAGUUUUAUCUAAAGUGCCGAGCAGCUUGCUCCCACACCAGCGAGGCGGCAGCAUGUGCUGCAGAGGACAAGGCAAGUGAUGAAUCAGCUGAUCUAAUGGGGCCCUCAAAAAAUUAGGACUGAAUAUUAUUUUGCAACGUGUGUAUAUGUGAAGCUUUCUCCUAAUCUGUGUCCAAGGCUUGAUGUGAAAUAACUGUCAACAUGAAUAGUAAUAAACACCUCACUGACGGAUUGUGAACCA